AUGGCUAUCACUAAAAUUCACGCUAGAUCCGUCUAUGAUUCCAGAGGUAACCCAACUGUCGAAGUUGAAUUAACCACCUCUGCUGGUAUGUUCAGAUCCAUUGUUCCAUCUGGUGCUUCCACUGGUGUCCACGAAGCUUUGGAAAUGAGAGAUGAAGACAAAUCCCAAUGGAUGGGUAAGGGUGUCUUGAAGGCUGUUGCCAACGUUAACGACGUCAUUGCUCCAGCUUUGAUCAAGGCUAACGUUGAUGUUAAAGAUCAACAAGCUAUCGAUGACUUCAUGUUGAAGUUGGAUGGUACUCCAAACAAAUCUAAGUUAGGUGCCAACGCCAUCUUAGGUGUCUCCAUGGCUGCUGCCAGAGCUGCUGCUGCUGAAAAGAACGUUCCAUUAUACGUUCACUUAGCUGAAUUAUCUGGUGCUAAGACUUCUCCAUUCGUUUUACCAGUUCCAUUCUUAAACGUCUUGAACGGUGGUUCCCACGCUGGUGGUGCUUUAGCUUUACAAGAAUUCAUGAUUGCUCCAACUGGUGCUAAAUCUUUCUCUGAAGCUUUGAGAAUCGGUUCUGAAACUUACCACCACUUGAAAUCUUUGACCAAGAAGAGAUACGGUCCAUCCGCCGGUAACGUCGGUGACGAAGGUGGUGUUGCUCCAAACAUUCAAACCCCAGAAGAAGCUUUGGACUUAAUUGUUGAUGCUAUCAAGGCCGCUGGUCACGAAGGUAAGAUCCAAAUCGGUUUAGAUUGUGCCUCCUCUGAAUUCUUCAAGGACGGUAUGUACGAUUUAGACUUCAAAAAUCCAAACUCCGACAAAUCUAAAUGGUUAUCUGGUAAGCAAUUAGCUGACUUAUACCACUCCUUGAUGAAGAAGUACCCAAUUAUCUCCAUUGAAGAUCCAUUUGCUGAAGAUGACUGGGAAGCUUGGACUCACUUCUACAAGACCGCUGGUAUCCAAAUUGUUGCUGAUGAUUUAACUGUCACCAACCCAGCCAGAAUUGCUACUGCUAUUGAAAAGAAAUCCGCUGAUGCUUUAUUAUUGAAGGUCAACCAAAUCGGUACUUUAUCCGAAUCCAUCAAGGCUGCUCAAGAUUCCUUCAAGGCCGACUGGGGUGUCAUGGUUUCCCACAGAUCUGGUGAAACUGAAGAUGUCUUCAUUGCUGAUUUAGUUGUUGGUUUGAGAACUGGUCAAAUCAAGACUGGUGCUCCAGCCAGAUCUGAAAGAUUAGCUAAAUUGAACCAAAUCUUAAGAAUUGAAGAAGAAUUAGGUUCCAAGGCUGUCUACGCCGGUGCCAAGUUCCACCACGGUAACCAAAUCUAA